GAGCUAGUGAGCUGCCGCUUGCAAACCCAGCGGGUCCGAGAGCGAGCCGGUUUGGCAUCAUCACACUAUUGUGCUGUUACUUGAAACAGAACUCUUUGGAAACAGUCCCAGUGUUUAUACAUGCUAGUCUAAGUGAAGGUCAGAAAUUCAAUUGCCACAGUCCAAUGAGACUUCUUUUGGUGCAUGACGAGCGCUGCAUUGGUAUUCUUGCAGAAUUGAAGAAAUGAUGGCAAAUGAUUUAGACCAGUUUAUUGAAGAUCAAAAGGCCAAGUUGGCACAUGACAAAGCAGAACUUGAAAAUGAUCCUCCUUAUAUGGAGAUAAGGAGCAAAGGUGCAGAGAAGCUUUCUGAGACCAGCAAAGCAUUAAUCUCUAUGGCUAAAGAAAAUAUACCACCAAACAGUCAGCAGAACUAUCUUCUAGAUGAAUAUGGCUUGAGUUUACCUCUUGGAGAUGAAUAUGAAAGAAAGAAACAUAAGCUAAAGGAGGAACUUCGACAAGAUUAUAGACGAUAUCUUUCUCAGAAAAAUUAUCUGACAACGAAUGAAGUAGAUCCAUAUACUCAGGGACUAUCUCUUCCUAUUGGCGAGAGGAGGUCAGCCAAGGAAAAACUGCGGCUUGAAAGAAACAGGGAAUACAAUCAGUAUCUCAGAGACAAGGAAGAGUGGAAUGAAAGGUUAAGGAAAAUAGGAAAGAAAAACACAGAGCAUGAGACAGAAAGAAGUAAAAAAUCUACUGCUAUUACUAGAGUCCAACCAGGACUACGUUCACAAGUACAGCCCUCUUGUGCAGAUUCAGAACCUCCAAAGAAAGAUGCUUUUACUUCCACGGAAGCUUAUGAAGAGCUACUAAAUAGGAGGCGACUGGAGGAGGAUCGAUAUCGCAGACUAGACGAUGAUGCUGAACUAAGAGAUAGAAUAUUGCACAAAAAACUUGAUGAAGAACGGGACAUUUCCAAUAGAAAGCAUCACAGGUUUGAUAGCAAACCUAAUAUUUCUCCUAGAAGACAUCACAGAUUUGAUGAGGAUCGUCAUUUUGAUAGAAGACAUUACAACUUAGACUAUGAUCCUGAGAUAAAUGAGGAAAUGGACCCUAGAUUUAGAUAUGAAAGUGACUAUGACAAAAAGCCUCUGCGGGUGUUCCAUGCUGAAAGUGAAAAGGAACUUGAGCUCUCAGUUGCAGCUUCUGGAGCUCUGGACCCAGAGAAGGAGCCUAACAGACUGAAGCAGUUUGGUUUGACAGAAAGAGCUUCUGAAGAGAAGGCACCGCCUGAAAGGCCCAGAGUAGCUUUCCAGACUCCUGUACCUGCACCUACUAUUUCACCAGUGAAUGAAGACUUUCACAGAGGAUUAUCCAACACCUUUGGUGAAAUAGUGGCUCCCAGGAUUGCACCUCUACCUCCACCUCCACCCCCAACUUUGACAGACAACUACAGAACUCCCUAUGAUGAUGCAUAUUAUUUCUAUGGGGCUAGAAAUCCUUUGGAUCCUAAUCUUGCAUACUAUGGCACAGGAAUGAUGGGAAUGCAGCCUGCACCUAAUAUUGAGGAUCUUCCAGGGAAAGUACCAGCAGAUCAGGCUGUAAGUAAUAUUGGACAGAGAAACACAGGUGAUAGACCCAGAGGUCUAGGGAUAUUUCCUGAAGAAAAACCAAAGCCCUUUAAAGAGUCAACUUUAUCUUAUCAAGAAGAAUUGCAACAGCAGAUAAGAGAAAGAGAAGAACGACGCAGACGAGAGAAAGAGGAAAAGGAACGAUAUGAAGCCAAGUUAGAAGCUGAAAUGAGAAAUUACAAUCCUUGGGGAAAAGGAGGUGGUGGGGCUCCUCUCAGAGAUACAAAAGGAAAUCUUAUAACUGACUUGAACAUGAUGCACAAGCAAAAUGAAGAUGCGUAUCAUAACCCAGAGGCAAGACACUAUCAAGAUAAAAGGGCUAUUGUAUCGGUUGACCAAAGUUUGGCCUCCCCAAGACCUGAGAACACAGAAGCAUCUACAAAUAAAAUAGCAGGUUUUACAUUUGCACAAACCUCUCCCUAUGUUCGAGGUAACAUAUUUGGUGAGCCACCAUCUGAACAACAACUUAUGCGGCAAGAGGCAUACAAGAAUUUUCUUCGUUUGCAGAUUGAGGAAAAGAGACUCAGGGAAGAGGCAGAGCGUGAAAAACUUAGAAUUGAAGAAGAAAAAGAAGAAAAGCGACUAGCUGAACAGAGGACCAGAAUUCAAAAAGAAUAUGAAGAGGAACAGGAAAAGAAAAGAAGGAAAGAGGAGGAGCAAAGAUUAAAAAAUGAAGAGCUAAUUCGAUUAACUGAAGAAAGACGAAAAGAGGCUGAAAAACAGAGGAAAGAGGAGGAAGAAAAACAGAAUGAACAACUUAGACAAUAUUAUGAGCGAGAAAAAAUAGCAAAGAUGGAAGAGGAAAAAAAGUUUUCAAGGCAACCUUCUCCUGUCAUUCCUGCUCUUCAGAACAAGUCCUUACAGAAGGACGAGAGGCCUCCUUCUGUUGAAAGCCAUAUGUCUUAUUACACGCAAGAUAUUCCACAAUCCAGAGUUCUGUCUCCUCCAGUCCCAGCUAGAAGAAACCAGAUGCGUGCAUAUGAGGAAAGAAAGAAUGUGAUAAAUGAGCUGUCAGAGAUGAGGAAACAGCUCCGAAGUGAAGAGCGGCGACUUCAGGAACAAUUGCUCAGUGUAGCCAGUGAUGAUGAUGUAGCCACUACAAGCAGGAAAAGAGAGAAAAAUGUAAUGGAUGUAUUUGAGAUGGCCAGGCUUCGGAUGCAAGCUCCAGUCAGGCGACCUUCAUCAAAGGGUGCAGCUGACCCUGUCAAUGUUCAGAAUAUCAGGGAGUUCAAUGAACUUAAAUACACAGAUUCAGAAACACGAGCAGACUUGAGAUAUAUGUACCCUGAUCCCCCAAAAGAUGAUCAAACCUUAGAGAUUCAACAGCAGGCAUUGCUAAGAGCGCAGCGGAAGAAACUCAACAGAAUGAAAAUGAGGAGGGAUGCAGAAGACCAUGAUGAUUCUGUUCCUGACUUUAACCCACGAAACAUGGGACUGUUCAGAAAUGAAUCCAGUGAAUUCUUGAAAAAUUCACUAUUGGAAUCUGAGAGUGCGUUCAUUGGCACUAAUGGGGAAACCUUUCCAGCUUUCGAAGAAGUUAAUUUAUCUUCACAGCCACCACCAUCUGCAAGGGAGAGGAGACGAAUAAAGAAGAAAGCAAUGGAAUUUACUGAUGAUGUCCCUUUUAGCAAGUCACCACCACCACAGCCUGACAGCUUCUCUUUGCACUCAAGCUCCAGUCUCAAUGUUGAUCUGCUGAAAGCCAGGAAUGAAGAACGAUUGCGAAGAUUGAAUGAGUUGCAGAAGAAAUCUGUUAACCUAGGUGAUGAUAUUUCCCUGGGAGAUGCUGAUGACAUUUUGAAGCAGUUUCCAUAUAAAGGUGGCAGAAGGCCCACCUCUGUUGACACAGUAGCAACAGACCCCUGGCUGCGACCUGGAACAUCAGAGACCCUGAAAAGAUUUAUGGCUGGGCAGUCAAACCAGGCUAAACUUUCUUCUGAAAACACAUUACCCUUUGGUUGGCAGGGACUGUCAACUGCACAUGGUUAAAUAAAUCUAUAUUGAAACCAGCUGUGCCUUUAAUCAUAGAAGGAAUGUUAAUCACAACUGCACUUUUAACAUGUUCAUUUUAUGUUCUCUUGUAAGAAUAGUUUUGUAUGUAAAUAUUGUGAGCUAUAUGUAUAGGUUUUUUUUAAUGAAAUGUUAAAGAAGCAGAAGCUGUAAUGUAAAUGAUUUCUUUAAAAGGGAAAACAGACUGUGUACAGGAUGUUUAUUAUACCAAGGUAGGGAAGUGGAGGUUUUUUGCACUCUUUCUGUAAGUUACACUGGUCAGUAUGGUACUGAUAUUUCCAGUCUUAGGUUUGAAGCUUGUGUGAAUGUAGUAUUAGAUAAAAGAGAACUUUUAACAUUAAAAACUAAGAAUCUAGAAUGAUUCUGCCAACAUCAUAGCAUAAACAACAAAGCUUAUAUUCCUUUUACUCAAGUACUUCAUGUGAUUUUUUUUUUUUUACCUCAAUGCAGCAGUAGCUAUUUAAAAACAGUGAUAAGGGGUUGUUGUUAUAGCCUGUAUUUGUCCAGUAUUCAAGAGUUACUGAAUCACUAUUAUGGGAUCUACAUGGACAAAAGAUUUAUGUAAACAAUUGGCCAUUGCUGUUCCACUUACUAACAUUUUGCUUUCUUUUCCCAAUCAAUUGUGUGCUAAAAUUCUAAUUAUACAUUUCUGCUUCUUACUGUUUGUGUUGAUAAUGCAGAUAUUGUUGAGUGAGAAUUGUUAAUAUUUA